AUGAGCGCGGACUGCACGAGCUACUACAGUUCAGAGAAACUCUUCGUGAACGGGUUUACUUGUCCAAAACCAGAGAGCGACGGCAAGGCGGUUUUUUGUUGCGGAUUUAACGAUAUCAAAUAUUGCUGUGAUGAUCCAAAUAGUUUUUUUCCAUAUGAGUACGGGUACAUGUGGUGGCUGAGCGUCGGGGCACUAGUGGGUCUCUCCAUUGCCGCAGUGGUCCUCCUAGCCUUCAUUAUCACCCUGUGUGUCCUUUGCUACCUCUUCAUCUCCACAAAACCAAGCCGGAUGGACAACGGUCUCCCACUGCAGGCACCAGGCCCUGAGCUGGGAGCCCUGGAAGGAACCAGCGGGUCUAGUGCCCCUUCUGGCCCGCAGGGAUUCCGCAAGCACUUCUUCAGCCGAAAACUAGACUGUGACAACCAGCCCCCCGAUCCAGACCGCCUGUUCCAGAGGUGCUUCAUGGCCACCGUCACCACUGUGAAUGUGGAGGGUCCGUCUUAG